AUGGUCUGCAUCGCUGUGUUGACAAGGACGUUGUUUCAUGUUGGCUCAGAUUCAAUGAUGAAGAUACAAGCAUUUACCUUCAUCUUGGUAACAACCAUUUUUAACGCAGUUGACAGUGGAAGAAACCUAGCUUUGAGGAAACCAGCUAAUGCCAGUUCAACUUACACAGGCUCCUAUCAAAUAUGGGCGUCAAAUGUUGUUGACGGGUCACCUUCAGGAGAUUUUAACGACCGCACAUGUCACAGCGGGGAAAAUGGUGAUCUGAAUCCCUGGUGGCAGGUGGACCUACAGGCCGUCUACAGGAUAUCAAGGGUUCAGAUCGUUGGUCGUUCAGAUGGCCGUACUGAGUGGCUGCACGACUUCUACAUCGAGAUGUACGACGGGAACCCUACUGUCACUGUAGGGGUCCAGCCUAAGUUGUGUCACUUCUACAAGGGCGUCUUCAAACCCACAACUCAAGACAUCAAGUGUGACUCUGUGGUGUCUGGGAGAAUCUUGGAUGCACCAAACAUCAAGACUACUUCAGUUGCGGGUAUGAAGGUCAGAGGUCCAAGAAUGCAAAACUAA